CGACCAUGUUUCCUGCUCACGCACCGUGCACUCUUGAAUUAUAGUGGAUAUGAUUCCACAAACAACAACAACUUCUGCAGCCGGUGUUUAUUAACCAAUAGAAACAUAAUGGGAAGCUUUGCAGGAUGCGCGUCACUCUGUAUUUACGUCGGGUUUGUUCGCGCGCUGCAUCACUGAUUGCGAGGACGUCAGAGGAAAACAGUCUCGUGCAUUGACAACAAGCGUUAUUGCGUCACAGCGUGAACUCGGUGGCAGGGUGGUAAACUUUCAGUUCUGAGUGUUGUGUUUACUUCUUGGAGAUGGCGGGGGGCAUUACAGAGACAGGGGAGCCGUACUCACCUUUUGUUGGCCUGGUGUACAUGUUCAACCUGAUUGUUGGCACCGGUGCCCUGACGAUGCCCAAGGCUUUUGCUUCAGCUGGUUGGGUAGUCAGCUUGACCCUCAUCUCAUUUCUGUCUUUCAUGAGUUUCAUGACCACCACAUUUGUAAUUGAAGCCAUGGCUGCUGCCAAUGCCCAGCUGCGCUGGAAGAGGAGAGAGCAGGAAGAGAUCAAUGACAGCGACUCCAGCUCGGACUAUUCAGAUGACGAUGACAUUAUCCGGGGAAGGUCAGAACCCAUCGAAACACGACCCAUUCUCUCAGUCCAGCGUGCCGCCAAUUUAGACCACUUUGAUAUUGUCGAGAGAGUCGAGAUGGGACAAAUGGCCUCCAUGUUUUUUAAUAAAGUUGGUGUCAACAUGUUCUACAUCUGCAUCAUCGUGUACCUCUAUGGAGAUCUGGCCAUUUAUGCUGCUGCUGUACCAGUAUCUCUGAUGGAAGUAGCUUGUGGGAAUCUCUCAUGCAGUGCCGGGAGUGUGAAAUACAAUGACACAGACUCGUGCUGGGGACCCGUAAGACGUAAAGAUGCCUACAGAGUGUUUCUAGGUGUCUUUACACUGCUUUUGGGGCCCUUCGCCUUUUUCAAUGCGCAGAAGACCAAAUACCUCCAGAUCAUCACCUCUGUCAUGAGAUGGAUUGCAUUUACCAUGAUGAUUGUCCUGGCUUUGAUCCGUAUUGGGAAGGGUCACGGGGAGGGCCACCCACCUGUGGCACAGAUCUCAGGUGUGCCCAACCUCUUUGGGGUUUGUGUGUACUCUUUCAUGUGCCAGCACUCCCUGCCUUCACUUGUGACGCCCAUCUCCAAUAAACAACGCAUGAGUGUCCUGGUUAUGGCCGACUACAUCCUCAUCCUGUGCUUCUACAGCCUUCUAUCCUUCACAGCUAUCUUUUGCUUCGAUAGUUCCCUGUUGCGUGACAUGUACACGUUAAAUUUCACCGAUAACUGUGACGUACUGGGAAUUCCAGUGUUACGCUACUUCCUGGGCCUCUUCCCGGUCUUCACCAUUAGCACCAACUUUCCCAUAAUAGCCGUCACACUACGCAACAACUGGAAAACUCUCUUCCACCGGGACGGCGGCACCUACCCUUGGGUGGUGGACCGCAUUGUUUUCCCACUCAUUACUAUGGUGCCGCCCAUAAUCGUAGCCUUCUGUACCCAUGAUCUGGAGGCACUUGUGGGCAUCACUGGGGCGUAUGCCGGCACGGGCAUUCAGUAUAUCAUCCCAGCCUUCCUGGUAUACUUAAGUCGGCGUCAUCUAGAGCCUGUGCUCGGAAGGGAUGCAGUAAAUAAGCACAGGUCACCGUUCAGGCACAGUUUCUGGGUGUGGUUUGUGAUAUUGUGGGCAACAUUCUGUCUAAUGUUUGUUACGGCUAAUAUUGUCCUUACCGAAACCAAGAACUGAAAAUUAAAUGAUUUUUCUUUGUUAAAGACGCACUGGUUUGUGGUCAGAUUAUACCUUUGAAACGGUGACAUCAGCAGAAAUUCUAUUCAGUCUAGUUUAAUGAAAUGUUUAAAAGGGACCAAAAGUCAUUUUGGCAUUACUUCAACAUUACUUUUUUUUUUUUUAGGAGAUACUUAAUGUUUGUUUUCUCACAGAUCCACAAUCCACCAGAAUUUGAAACCUUUGAGUAACUAGACCUACUCAUUCAAAACUUGUUCUUAGUCGGGUGAAUCUCAUGAAAACAACAAAUAUUUCAAUUCAAAUAAAGAGAAAGUUCGAAAUUACGUUUUGCAUUAUGAAUAUGAAGCCUAGUUUUAGGACUUACUGUACUACCAUGAUGUAUGAAUAAUCUACAUUGUUGUUUAUGCAUUACUGUUUUUUUUAAUACAGUCAUGUAAAUGAGAUUAUUUUACAUUACAGUAAUGCAUUUUGGGGGGUGCGUAAUUGUCUAAAACAUGUCACAAUGCAAACAUUAAUUUAAAUUUUUCUUUAAGCAAAAUAUUUAUCAAUCUCUUUUGAUUUUAGGGUGAAAAAUAACAUUUUUGACAGGUUUUGUGAGAUUCACCCAGUCAGCCUCUGAUCUUAGGAAGACACGGUGAGCUGCUGUUUCUUUGUUCUUCUGAACUUGUUGAAAAACAAUAUUAAUCCAAGAACUAGCGUACCAAAAAUAUUCGUAAUGUUCAUAAAGCACAUACAUACAAACAGACUGACAAUAAACGUUCUUUGUUUCGUCUUCCAAACCUUGGUUCUGUCUGAGAUCAUUAGUGCUUCACGGCUGGCAUUUCAGUGCUCCUAACUGGCAGCUGGCACCUUGCCGUGUCUCUUGUGGUGACUGAUGGUGACACAAGCGCAUCGGUUGUCUGAAUAAUGCGUUCGGCCCUGGAGUUCAAUCUCAGUUCAUCAGCAGAUUGAUAGAGCCAUUGAAUCCUUCCAUAUGUUCUCCAUGUACUGACGUCCUGUCGGUGCUCAAACGGACCCUUAGACAGGCAGGAGUGGAAGACGAACCUGAUAUUGAAUGGACGUGUCUGCCUCAUGAUCUAUAGAGAGAGAGAUGUCUGUUGUCAGUAAGUCACUCUACGAAAUAAGUCAUUAUAAUUCUGACGAGUUUGGCUUGAAUUUAAAUCCAUAUCUAUGGCAGCUGAUUCCCACCUAUUUGUUUUUCAUAUUGCCUGUUUGGUACUUUCUGUUGGCUUCUUUAAAUAUAAUGUAACAUUUAGGGGGGGUCACAUGCAGAUUUAGUUUUGUUUUGAUUGUUGUUGUUUUUUUUGCUUUAAUUUUUUGCUUUAUUUUUGUUUAAUUUUUUGUUUAUUGUUUUGUUACUUUCUGUUGGCUUUAAAUAUAAUUUAACAUUUACAUGCAGAUUUAGUUUUGUUUUGAUAGUUUUUUUUUUAUGUGUUGGCUUCUUUAAAUAUAAUUUAACAUU